ACUUGUGCUUUUAUUAGUUCUACACAAGAGGCAGAGAAACAAGAGAUAACAAAGGCUCCAUUUCCUUUCUGUUAGAGAAGGCUUUUGUCUUUCCUCCGGCAACAAUGUCAGUGUCCGGCAAGAAAGAGUUUGAUGUGAAACAGAUCCUGAGGCUUCGCUGGAGAUGGUUUAGUCAUCCUUCUCAAGGAUCGCCUAACACUGGAAGCUGCCUUCAGCAGGAAGGAUAUGAGCAUAGAGGGACCCCGGUGCAGGGCAGGUUGAAGAACCACUCACGGGACAGAAAUGGACUGAAGAAAGGCAAUAGUCCUGUCCACCACAAUAUACUGACGCCGGUGCCAGGACCAGACCCUGCCCAUCAAAGAGUCCUUCAGAAUUGGCACCAACAAAACGUGAUAGUACAUCUUAAAGCAAAUGAAGGCACUCCUAAAGCGGCUCCAGAGGAGAAUUUGCUCAAAUUCUCACAAGAUUUGGAGAUGAUGGGUGAUGACAAAAUAGAAGAUUCUAAAUCACGACUGUAUGCUGAAGAACCUGAAGAAAUGAAUAUCAGUUAUGAGGAUCAUUUCCGUUCUCAAAACCAUGCAAAUCAUACUCUCUGUAAAAUGGAAAAGUAUUUGAAAGAGAAAAAAUUGUGUGAUGUGCUACUUAUUGCUGGACCUCUCAAGAUUCCAGCUCAUCGAUUGGUUCUCAGUGCUGUGUCUGACUAUUUUGCUGCAAUGUUUACUAACGAUGUGCUUGAAGCCAGACAAGAAGAGGUCAAGAUGGAAGGAGUAGAUCCAAAUGCACUUAAUUCUUUGGUGCAGUAUGCUUAUACAGGUGUGCUACAACUGAGAGAAGACACCAUUGAAAAUUUGCUGGCUGCAGCAUGUCUCUUACAACUGACUCAAGUCAUUGAUGUCUGCUGCAAUUUCCUCAUAAAGCAACUUCAUCCUUCAAACUGCCUAGGGAUUCGCUCAUUUGGAGAUGCCCAGGGCUGUGUGGAGCUCCAGAAUGUGGCACAUAAGUACACCAUGGAACAUUUCAUUGAUGUAGUAAAGAAUCAAGAAUUCCUUCUGCUUCCAGCUAAUGAAAUAUCAAAACUUCUGUGUAGUGAUGACAUUAAUGUGCCUGAUGAAGAAACAAUUUUCCAUGCUCUUAUGCAGUGGGUAGGUCAUGAUGUUCAGACUAGGCAACGAGAACUGGCGAAGCUGCUUUCUUAUAUCAGACUGCCAUUACUUUCACCACAGUUACUAGCAGAUCUGGAAAAUAGUUCGAUGUUUGCUGAUGAUCUGGAGUGUCAGAAGCUAUUAAUGGAAGCUAUGAAGUAUCAUCUCUUGCCUGAGAGAAGAUCCAUGUUGCAAAGCCCUCGUACAAAACCUAGAAAGUCAACUGUGGGGGCACUUUAUGCUGUGGGAGGUAUGGAUGCUGCUAAAGGUACUACUACAAUUGAGAAGUAUGACCUCAGAACCAACAGUUGGCUCCAUAUUGGCACUAUGAGUGGUCGUAGACUUCAGUUUGGAGUUGCAGUUGUUGAUAAUAAACUUUAUGUCGUGGGAGGAAGAGAUGGUUUAAAAACUUUGAAUACUGUAGAAUGUUUUAAUCCAGUUACCAAAACCUGGGUUGUGAUGCCUCCUAUGUCAACACAUAGACAUGGGCUUGGUGUAGCCACACUUGAAGGACCAAUGUAUGCUGUUGGAGGUCACGAUGGAUGGAGUUAUCUAAAUACUGUAGAAAGAUGGGAUCCUGAUGGACGUCAAUGGAAUUAUGUGGCUAGCAUGUCAACUCCUAGAAGCACCGUUGGAGUUGUUGCAUUAAAUAACAAGUAAACUUAAAUAUACAAGCUCUUUGUUACCAGACCAUGUUGUGCAGUUUCUUUGUUAUGAUCAUCAGUCAGUAAACAUUAUAUGUUAUCAGAUCAUCCUUAUUAGCAAUUAUAAAAGUCAUUUGGUAGAAUCUUCCUUUCUUUGUGAUGGAAAAUAGUUUUCUACGAUAAAUGCUACAUUAAAAAAAUUAUAGACUCUAUUCAAAAUUUGGUUCUGGAUCCAGAAAUAUAAGAAAUCUUUGGGGGAAAUUUUACAUCUUAGUCUUAUCUUAAAAGAAUCAGAAACUGCAUUUUAC